UCGGAAAAAAGUGAAAAUUCUUGCUUAGAUUUUUAGUAGUAUUUAUUUGACUUUUCAACAAAAAGUCUGCAUAUAACUGUCGUGUGGGCUCCAGGAAUCAGAUUCCAGCGAAACUGAAGCAGUUUGAGUUGAUUCCAUAGUGUGCAGACGGCAAAAAGUUAGACGUUCUUUCAUGACCUAGUUCUGCAGAAUACGUUUCAUGAGGAAAUAUGGCCGAUUUUAAAGAAAAUUUCCCAUGCGAAGACCAUGACCAAAUUGUGUCCACCCAGACAAAGGCAAAUAGAACGGUGUGCAUAGUUCCUGGAUGCAAUCAACGCUAUGGUCGAGGUGCUUCAUUCCACACAUUCCCAAAGAAAAAAGAUAAAAAGAGAAUGAAUGCGUGGGUGGCGAAACUGCGAUUGAAGCUUGAGCCGACUUCGACGUCUAGAGUUUGCAGUUCUCAUUUCAGCAUUGAAAACUUUAUUAGUCCAACUUCGAAACGGUGCACCGAUCGAAUGAUAUUAAAAAGUACAGCUGUACCGGAUAUCAACCUUCCCCGUCCAGCUAUUGAUCCGAAAAAGGAUAAAGCUGCAAUGGAUCGUGCCGAACGAGCGGAUAGGCGACGUGAACGAAGUGACACUCAAGAAGGCAUUCGGAUGCCCAUCUGUAUGGUUACUGAGGAUAAAAACCUAGUGAACCAAGCACCUGUAUUAAUGGAAGCAGCUGUCCAGGUUGAUACUUUGAACUUAGAUAAACUUUUUGUCGGUCGUCGGAGAACAAUGUCUGUGCGGUUUAAACAUGACCGGGAGUUAAAUUCAUGGACUGGACUAGCAUCUCUCAGAAUGCUGAGUACCUUUGUUGAAAGCUUAAGCUCGUUGGCUACUUAUAAGAAGCGACCACAUUCUACUGUUUCUGUUGAAGAGGAAGUGCUGGUUGUACUUAUAAAAAUGAAAACGAAUCUGUCAUUUUCUUGCAUGAGCACCCUCUUCAAUUUGCAAUAUCAGACUAUUUCGUUAGUAUUUUACCGGACAGUUCCGCAGUUGAAGAUGAUCUGCACUGCUUUGAUACCAUGGCCAUCGCUGGAAAAUGUUAGACGUAAUAUGCCGCAUUAUUUUCGGCCAAAUUAUACCGAUGUUGUCGCAGUGCUCGAUUGCACUGAAAUGGCAGUAAAAAAACCAACCUGUCUCCACUGCAGAAUCAACGCAUAUUUGCAUUAUAAAGGACGCGAGACUGCAAAGUAUUUAAUUGCAGUUACCCCUGGUGGGACGAUUUCAUAUGUUAGUCGUGAAUACGGCGGAAAGGCUUCUGAUAAGCAGAUAGUUGCGGAGGAAAAAAUGCUUGAGAUGGUGAAUAUAGGAGAGGCAGUAAUGACCGACAAAGGUUUCAGCAUUGACGCUGAAUGUAAAGCCCUCGGGGUGAAGCUUGUGCGACCUCCGUUUUUGACGGCACCACAGUAUCAGUUGAGCACCACGGAUGCGUUUGAAAACGUAUCUAUAGCAGCGGCAAGAGUGCAUGUUGAAAGGGCCAUACAACGCAUUAAAAUUUUUUGAAAUAUUCAACAACAAAAUAGAUACACGUUUUCUUCCUGUAUUGGACGAUCUUGUUUACAUUGCUUGUGGAAUAGUGAACAUUUCGAAGCCAAUUUUGUCUAAUGUACGGUUUUAAAAAUGUUUAAAAUUGCUUUUAUUUCUAAUUAAUAAACAUGUACAUUCAUUAACCCUCAAAAGUAGCAGAAUAUAAGUACUUAAGAAAAACAUUAAAAUAAACUUCUUUCAGUACUGCCAUCAAUGAUCGAACGUAUUCCGCGUCAAAUUUGAUUUCUUGGACGUAACACUUAUCUUUAUAUGCUGAAUAAAUUAUAAAAUCUGCUGAUUUACAUUUUAAAAUGAAUAUAUUUAGCUGGACUUGAGCGUAGUACGCAUGACUUUUCCUUAAAGAUGAGAGCUUCGUGAGAUAGGGAAGCUCGCCAAUGAAAUCGUUCAAACAUUUAUGUUUACCGGCUUCCGGACAUUUGAUUUCGAUCACUUUUUCUUCAUCGACAAUGAUUCCAUCUGGAGAACACCCCAACCAUGGUAUAUGAGGAGGUAUAACAAAACCACAUCUCAGAACGUCUUUUCCGAAAUCUCGCUCAUAUGCUGCUACUGCUUGCUUUUCACAUCGGAGACCAUGUUCAAUUGCAGGUGUUGAAACAUGUCUAGGUAUCACCAUACUCAUUAUUUUCCUUUUCCAAUCCUUGACUUUUUCGGGUUGAGUUUUAUAAUAUGUAUACAAAAAAU